CUAUCAUUUUCUAUCAUAAUUAAUUUAUGAUAGGUGUCAUUUGUUUCGUUCUAAUUAAUAUUACAUGUAAUAAUUGUUACUUUUAAACUUCUUCCUCCGCUGCACCCGAAAUACUGCAUCAUUACAGCACGCACAGGUAUCCAUCAACGAAAUUCUAUCGUUUCGUUAAAUUGCAUAAAUGAAGUUGAUCUACGUUUCCAUAACGCGGAAGUCACACAAAUCCUAAUUUCGAUCAUAGUCUGCAAAAUGAUCAAGAUAUGCAAUACAGCUAAGAUGUGGAGCAGACCGGAAUAAACUCAGGACCGAUAUAAUGUUGUAGAACGUAUCAUACCAGUGAGGUGUAUUCCUCAACAUGGCAUCCGGAAAUUCAGCGCACGAUAAUAGUACUAACACUGACACCCUUACUCGUUCAUAUUCGGAACGGAGUAGCGAUAGAAAUCGUGAAUCGGUAUGUAGAGAUUACGAUGCCUUGAAGCAGCAAUGUGAUAAAGUGUAUCAGGAGGUACAAUUAUUAAGAAGACAAAAUAGUGAGACGAAUAGACGAUGCGAACAAACGAUGAAGGAAAAAGAAUACUACAGAAGUCAGCACCAUGCAGCCAUGUCGCAAUUGGAAGCUGCUGCCGAAGAAUCAUCUACUCUACGUGCAAAGUAUAGCGAGCUUGUUACUGAUAAACAACGACUGGAUAGAGAAAUUUCGGAAUUGCGUUCGGCUUGUUGUAACCAAGGGGACGUAAAUAUUGCUGAAAAUGGGACCAACGAUUCGUUCAAUAAUUGUUACGUUGUUACUAUUAAUAAAUACGAAGCAUUGAAAGAUGAUUACGAAGCGCUACGCCAAAGAUACGAUGAUUUGUUAACAACACAUAAUGCAACUAUGAAUGAGUUAGAAUUUAAAAGGGAAGAAAUCACUCGCUUGAAAAAAGAAAAAGAGGGACUGGUUGUAGAACGGAAUAAUGCCAUAAUGGAACGAAAUGGAUUAAAACAACAAUGCACGCAGGCUGUACACAAAUGGGAUAUAACGUUGAGAGAGAAAAAGGAAUUACAAGAAACGUUGAAAAAAAUGCAACAACAACUCGAAGAAGCGAAAAAAGAGGUCAUCAAUGCGAGGACCAUUCGAAUAAAUACCAGUAAAGAAAAUAAACGAUUACAAGAAGAGCGAAAUGCAGCGAUGCAAGAAUAUAAUUUGAUAAUGAGUGAGAGAGACACCGUUCAUAAAGAAAUGGAAAAACUAACCGAAGAUAAAGCCCAAGCGAUCAAAAAAAUUAAAUUAUUGGAAAACGAAUCGAAGCAAUAUUUAGAAGAAAAAAAAACCUUGUCUUAUCACAUCGAAACGUUGAAAAGAGAAAUCGCGUCCGCUUUGCACGAUCGUGAUAAAGCUCUAAAAGAAUGUAACAAUUUCCGCGAAAAAUUCGGCGAAUUCACCGCCAAAGAAGAAUCCCAGAGAGAGUCUUUCAAAUCAAGAUUCGACUAUUCCUUUAUCAGAGAAAGGGAUCAGCAUCGUAAAGAUUCUUGCGAAAUGCAGUCUACGUCGAUGGAUAUGUUCAGCAAAUGCCAGAAAGAAACCAUGGAUAAUUUAGAUCAAGCCAAUCAAGAGAUAGAAAAAUUACAUAAAUACAUCGAUAAACAGCAGACCGAAUUGCAAGAGGCGCUUCAAGAAGCCGAAGUUUCCAAAAGAAGACGUGAUUGGGCUUUCACCGAAAGAGAUAAGAUUGUUUUAGAAAGGGAGAGCAUUAGAACACUUUGCGAUCGAUUACGAAAAGAACGAGAUAGGGCUGUGUCUGAUUUGGCCGAAGCUUUACGCGAUUCCGACGAUAUUAAACGUCAACGAAACGAGACUACCAAAGAAUUGAAAGUUUUGAAGGAGAAAAUGGAAGCUCAGUUCGAAAAGGAAAAUCGAAUGUUGCAGUUAAACACUACAGGACAUAGUUACAGUCAUGAUUCUGCUAUCGAUACAGAUCUACAGGAAUGGGAUACCGAAAUGUUAAACAUAGAUCUGAAUUCUUUAACUACUGUCGAUGAUCUGGGAGUUGAAUUAGUUGGCGGACGCGAUGAUCCUUAUUAUCCAAACGAUAGCGGUAUUUAUGUAUCGUCUGUGUCCAAAGGAAGCAUUUUAGAAGGAAAACUAAGAGUAAACGAUUGUAUUCUGAGAGUCAAUAACCUCGACUGCAGCAAUGUCAGCAAACGAAUGGUGAUAGAAAGUCUUCGUUCGAAUGGCGGAAGUUGUAAUAUUUUAGUUAAACGUAGAAGGAUCGGAGCUAGAAGUUUGUUCACAACUCAGUUGCAGUUGAACAAUUACGACCAUGGUUUGGCAUUAGAAACGGGCAUGUAUAUUUGUAAAAUAGCACCCGGUUCUUUGGCUGCAAAAGAAGGCAAUUUAGCAGUCGGCGAUCGAGUUCUAAGCGUGAAUAACAAACCGAUGGACGGACUGAAGAGUGCUCAAGAAGCGAUGGCUAUACUUAAUCAACCUGCUGACGUAUUAAUCAUAACUACUCUGAAAUCAACGCACUGUUCGAGCAAUUGUGGCGGCGGUUCGAACAGAGACGUUUAUAAAAAAUACACCAACAGCAGUACUCAAACGCAAACCGAACAACGUCCUAAUUUCAUAAUGAGGUACGAUAAUCGCCAGUCGUAUCCGGUUAGUUCCAAAGUAGAAACCGGAAAGCAGACUUCUAACAUGGGCAAAUGGGAUACUGUGAAUCGAGCCAAGGAUUUAGUUCGCGAACGACGGUUUUUAAAAUUUGAUAAAAAACAGAACAGAAAUUCAUCUCCGAUAACCGCCUUUGAUCAAGAACGAGACGACGCGUUGGCUGAAUUAGACUCGGUUUUAGAGAGCCAUACAGAUAGAAAUAAUCGAUCGACUCCUCAACAACAACCACCGCCGCAAGUACAACGAAAACCGCAGAAAAAUAAAGAACUGGAAAAAAACGGUGGCACUUGGCCUAAAGCUAGAAUAGGCCCUCUGAUAGAGCACUCAACCGGUACGAUUUUACACCCUCGAAAGGCGAAAGAAAGAUCCCCUCUGUCGUUGCUACUGAAUCCGACAUCCAACUACAGCUUACCUCAACCAUUUUGUAACACCUCCAGACCAGAAGAAAGUCAUCCGACCAGUCAAAAGAACUCCCUGGAUUUUUCCGUAAAAUCUGGCAAUAUCGGUAAAGAUAUGCUGGAGCACUAUGUGAAAAAGAAAACUUCCAAAUACGCCAUCUCAGAUGUUGUAGACGUUACCAACGAACCUCCGCAUUCGCGGGCUCACUCGCAAAUUUACAAUGUACCUUGUCUUUUCACGCCUUUGGUGCAGCUUCCGCAUCGAGGCCAUCAGUUAUUAGAUUUGAGAUACCCGUCGUCUCAGAGCGGAGAAUCGAUUUCGUUAACGGAUGGUCGGACGUAUUGUUUCGAACCUUCGUAUGAUUCGGUUUCACAGUUUCAUCAUAAAUAUUCUCCAUCUGCCGACUCGACGUACCAUAAAGUUGAUAAUACGAACGCUUCGAAUUUACACUCGCUAUCUACGUCUGGAUAUCAAUCCGAUGAAAUACCCGGAUCGUAUCAUCGAUACGAAGGUGGUACAUUUCCUCGUAAAAAGGAGAAUCCAAGAUUUAGGAUCCCGUCGAAUCCGAGCGUAGCGAGUAAAACCAGCGGUAAACUUUCAACCGGGAGUAUUAUAAAAUCAUCCAAUAUUGUUAGUCCAGUAGCAACGUAUCAAGGAAAAUUACUCAAUCCAUUGCAAAAUAAACGGAACUCAUUGCCGAAUUACUGUUGGUCUCAUAACCCUAAACUUGACGAGAGAACGGUAACUAUUGAAAAUUCCGGUGAACCGUUGGGGUUCCAGGUACAAUACUCGGAUAGUGGAGCUGUUUUUGUCUCUGCUGUCGCCGAACACAGUAAAGCUGAUCGACAAGGCUUACAGGUCGGAGAUCAAGUUUUGGAUGUGUUUGGAAUGAACAUGCGUAAUUGCCCUUACGGUUACUUUGAACGUGUCCUAGGACAAUGUGGAGACUCGGUUGAGAUGCGUGUUCAGUACAAUCCCCAUAAGUACAACGCAGUUUUUGGCAGCGAUGGUAGUGCCACCAGUGGCGAGGAUGAAAGUAGAUCUGAUACUCACUCUGGUUCUCCGACACCGUGUAAUUCGCCUACUUUGAGUAGAAAGUCGACGCCUUCUUCUACGCUGAGUCACGUUCCUUAUACGGUUACAACGCUAACUCGACCAAAACCCAGUGAAAAAAAUGAUUCCGUGAACAAAGCUUCAGUUUACGAACCUCGGCUGUUGAAAUUAGAAACGCAGAAAUGCAGUAAUUUAGGAAUAAGCUUAGUCGGUGGAAACGCUGUAGGUAUUUACGUACACAGCGUGACCGCAGGCUCGUUAGCGUACAACGCAGGCUUACGAACCGGAGAUCAUAUAUUAGAAUACAACGGUACCGAUUUAAGACACGCUACUGCUGAAGAAGCUGCCUUCGAAUUAGCCAAACCUGCCGAUAAAGUGAACGUCUUGGUGCAAAAUGAACUCGACCGAUAUAAUGAAAUCAAGGAUAAACCAGGCGACAGUUUCUAUAUCAGAGCACUUUUCGACCGAACCGGUGAUGUGGGAGAUUAUCAGUUACAGUUUCGAAAAGACGAUAUUUUAUACGUUGAUAAUACCAUGUUCAACGGCGUACCAGGUAAUUGGAGAGCGUGGUUGAUCGAUCAAGACGGCUACCAUCAACAAUACGGUAUAAUACCUAGUAAAUAUAAGGUAGAAGAAGAAUUGUUGAAACGCAGCUUGGGUGAUUUAGAAGGAGACGCUAGACGCGGUACCAGACGCAGCUUUUUCCGUAGAAAGAAACAACGAAGCGAUUCCAAAGAAUUGGCGAGUUUUUCCAAUAUAAAUCUAGGCGGGUUUAGCGACUCUGGUAGUCUGAACGAAGAAACAACUUUGGCAUCGUAUCAGAAAGUUACCAGACUAGAUUCCGAACCCAUGUUACGACCUGUACUGAUUAUCGGACCUCUUGCCGACUGCGUUAUUGAAAAACUACUGGCUGAUUUCCCGGAUAAAUUUAACCGAUGUAUACCGGAAGUGCGGUAUUUUUCGCAAGCUGUAGUCGAAAAAGGCGUCAAUGAUAAUUUACUAAUCGACUAUCGUAAAAAAGGCAACUCUUUCGAAUGUACUUCCGUUUCCGCUAUCAAAGAUUCCUUGCAUAAACACUGUCACUGUAUUCUGGACAUCAGCCUAGCCAGCGUUGAACGACUUCAUUACCAUCAUGUGUACCCUAUUGUACUGCUGAUCAAGUUCAAAUCGACGAAACAAAUCAAAGAAGUCAAAGAUACCAGAUAUCCAAUGGAAAAAAUUACAGCUAAGGCAGCUAAAGAGAUGUACGAACACGCUCAGAAACUGGAAUCGGAAUACAGGCAUUACAUUUCAGCCAUUAUUCCUGCCGGUGUGAACGUAGCGUACAUGUGUACUCAAAUAAAGGCGGCUGUCGAUUCCGAACAAAAUAAAACCAUAUGGGUUCCUUCGUCUACAGCUUAGAGUUGAUCAAAUCAUCGUGUAGAACAAAAUAUAAUCUGUCAAUUCGUGGAAGUGAUAAAUUAGUAUCGUAUUUUCGAAACAUUUACGUAUAAUAUUAUUUUAUUCGACUGAUGUUUAUUUUCAACGUGCAAUCCGCGAGCUUAAAUGGUAUUUUAUCCUACUAGUAAAAUAAAGUGAUUUUUGACGAUUUUUGAGGUUUAUUUCCCGAGCAAAGCGAGGGAAGUAAUUAAAAAUCGUCGAAAAUCACUUUAUUUCACUAGUUGAAUAACAUAUUUUAUCUAAACGUGGGAAGAAAACGCGCAUUUGAUCACUCGAGCGAACAGCGAGAGUGAAUAAAGUAGCGUUUUAUUCUACUAGUAGGAUAAAAAUAUUUUAUGGGUGUAUUUUUUUUUUUUUUUUUACAUAGGUAUUGUAAACUUGUAUUGUCUUUUUGUACCUCUAUACAGUAUAUUUUAUUUAUAUACUAUAUUUUUGCACUUUUCCAUACUUAUAUCAAGUUUCAUGCUAAAAUAAUGUUCCUUACAUUUUACUCUGUCCCCUUUCUCAUUAUACUUAUAGUACCUACCUACUUUCUCGCGAAAAUAAUUUUCAUUUUUGACCUGAUAUUACAUACAUACAAAUGACAGGAAUUUUUUAAAAGUAUUUGCUCUUCAGUUCAGUUCAGUUCCUGUUUAUUUAGAUGACUGUAGCAUUAUUAUCAUCGUUAUUAUUGAUAUCAAGCCGUACUUAUUAUUUUUAUAAAUAAAACCAUCGAGGAUUUUUUUUUAUUCGAUUAUUAACGAAAAUCAUGCCGUCCAAUUCAGUCGUAUACGUUCAUUUACUUAUUAAUAAAUUAUUAACCUAUCAUAUCACCGGGUAAUUUAUACUCUUUUUUUUCUCUGUUUUGUUUACCUGUUUCGGCUGUUUUUUGUUUUUUUUUCUUUUUUUGUUUUAUACGAUAUUAUGUAAAACCGUUUAGGUAUUUUUUUUUCUUAAAUCGAAAAACUCAAUUUUAUUUCGAAUGUUUUUGUUUUUAUAUUUAUUUUUUUUAAAUUUUUUUUUACCUAUUUCUUUACUUACUACUAUUCGAGUUACAAAUUUUUUACUUAUUUUCGACAUUCAACGAAUGAUUCCGUUUUGAUUUGAAUUUCGCUUAAUAGUGUAAUAAUAGUGAUUUAUUUAUUGAACAAAGAAACCAAGUGUGAUGCAUGAUACGUGUCUUCCUUUAUUGGACUUGGACAUUAUUAUACUUAUAUUCGUAUUAUUUUAUAUAUUUUCGUAGCGUACGAAAUUUAUAAGGUUGUGCAAUAUUUUCAUUAAAAAAUAUACAUUAUACCUACAAUAUAUUGUCAACGAAGUAAAAUUAAAUUAUGCUCGUACUGUUUUUAAAUUGAAAUUAAAAUUUUAUCGCUGUUA